GGUGUACUUUGAUUUAAAAAAAUAAUUAAAAUAUAAUUAAGAGAAUGUUUAAAUAAUGAAUAUCCAAAUAUUGAAUGUGAAGGUAUUUCAAGAGAAGAUAGUGAAUGUAAUUUAAAUAAAUGUCCAGAAUGGGGAGAAUGGAGUCAGAAUGUUCUGGUAAUUGUGCUCGUGGAAAGCAGACACGAUCUCGGGAAUGCCUUCCUAAUGGUUUUGGCUGUUUUGGAGGAACAAAAGCAGAAAAAGAAUUUAAAUUUUGUCAAAAUAAUAGAUUAACUGCUUGUUAUUAUUUUGAUCAGUGGAGUGAAUGGAGUGGAUGUAGUGUUACUUGUGGAAAAGGAUUUUGUGAACGUCAGAGAAAAUGUUUAAAAAAAGAAAAUUCUGAAAUUAAUAAUAAAAAUAAUUCCUUUAAAAUUAAAGAAGAAAAUAAAGAAGAGGAAGAGAGGGGGGAAGAAGAAACAUUUCCUAUACCUGAAGUAAAAUUUAAAAAUUUAUUUUUAUUUAAUAUUUUUUUGUAG